AUGGAUUCCGCGUCCUCAGGCAUCCAGGAGCCCUUCGAUCUCAUCAGGUUGUCUUUGAGCGAACGUGUGUUUGUCAAACUUAGAGGAGACAGAGAGCUCUCUGGUGUCUUGCAUGCGUACGAUGGCCACAUGAACUUAAUCCUAAGCGACGUUGAGGAGACUAUCGUGAUCGUAGACCAUGCAGAAGGUGCUCCAGAAGGACAGGGCACUGUCAACAUCGCGAAACGGAAAAUGGAAAUGCUCUUCGUAAGAGGCGACGGCGUGAUCCUGGUAUCACCUCCGUCGCGGACAUAA